AUGAAUUCACAUAGCGGACCUUAUUAAGGUAAUGAAAAGCAAGAUUCGGAUAACUAAUCUUAAAAAUAAAGGUAUGAUAAUUAAAUGAGAGGUAAAGAAAAUAUGCCAAAUGGAAAUAAUAAUACUGGCUCAUACUAAUAAAGGACAAGUGUGUCUUCAGAAUAGAGUCAUUAGCAACAUAAUAUGAAUUAGUAAUAGUAAUAUUAACCUAAUUCUACCUAAAAUUAUUAAUAGUAAACAUCUCUGGGAAGGGAUGUAGAAAAAAAUAGAUAAUCUGUCUAAUAAUAAUAAUAAUAGUAAUAAUAGCAAUAAGACUAUCCACCACAAUAAAAUAUGUAUCCAAAUGGAUAAUAAAAUCAAUAAUAAUAAAUUUCUUAAAAAACACCAUAAUCUGCUAGCUAAUAAAAUCAGCAAACUACUUACAAUAAGUCUGAAACUCACACUCAUAUGUACAAAAUUGUUUUAGUUGGGGAUGCUGGUGUUGGUAAAACACAUAUAAUUAACAGGUAUGUAAAAGGAUAGCUACCACAUGCAAUAAUUCCUACUAUAGGAAUAGAAUUUGCUACAAAGACUGUCACUCUGAGAGAUGGUGGUACUAUAAAGACCCAAAUUUGGGAUACUGCUGGUUAAGAAAAAUAUAGAAGUAUCACAAGUGCUCAUUACCGCAAAGCAGUAGGAGCACUUCUUGUUUAUGAUGUAACUAAAGAAAAAUCCUUUGAAUCUAUAUAAAGAUGGCUUGAAGAAAUUAGGCUUCAUGCAGAUAAAGAUAUAGUCCUUAUGCUCGUAGGGAAUAAAGUCGAUUUAAUUCAUAAAAACCCUGAAUAAAGAAAAGUAUCGAAAAUAGAAGCUACAAAUUUUGCCAAAUAAAAUGGUCUUCUAUUCGAAGAAAGCAGUGCUCUUUUUGAUGUAAACAUAAACGACGUAUUCGAAAGACUAUUAGAAGAAAUUUAUGAUUAAAAGUGUCGCCUUUAAAGCGAAAGAUCUCUUAUUUAAACAGAAGUUGAUGAUGUAAAAAAGGGAAAUAAGACUAUUGACUUAAAUCUUCCUACAGCAGCUUAGCCCACUAAAAAUUCACUCUGCAGUUGUGGUUGA